AUGGGCAACGAGAAUUUUUUUCGACUUGUUCAGCAUUAUCAAGAGCAACUUCCUUCUGAUGUUCAAGAAUAUAUUAUGCAAACGUAUAAUUAUGGUCAAGAAAGUUUUAGACGUCACCAUGUAUCUGUUUGGGAAUCUUCUACAAGAUUCGAAUUGACUUUAAUGAUUCUAGCUAUUGCACUAUGGUGCUUUGUGAUAUCUCUAUCUGUUUUGGGUUAUUUCGUUGCACGUACAAGAUUUAGAUCCUCUAAAAAAUCACUUUCCUCACAAUUACCCGCUGAUAAAGCACCAGGUGUAUCUAUAAUAAGACCACUUAAAGGUGUAGAUUGUAAUUUAUUCGAGAAUCUAUCUUCAUCAUUUCGACAAAAUUAUCCAAAAUUUGAAAUUAUCUUUUCGGUGGCGAGUGAAAAUGAUCCUGCUAUAGCUGUAGUACAAAAAUUGAUGAAGAAAUUUCCAAAAGCUGAUGCAAGGCUAAUUAUAGGUGAUCGAAAUGUUGGUGUUAACCCAAAGAUAAAUAACAUAAUUCGUGCAUAUGAAUCCGUUAAAUAUGAUAUAAUUUGGAUUUUGGAUUCAAAUGUUUAUGUUGAUCCUGGAUGUCUUGGAAGAUCCGUGGAUAAAUUAUGUCGGCCAAAUGUUGGUUUGGUCCAUCAUCUUCCAUUCGCUGUUCGGCCUGAUACCUUUGGUUCUGAAUUAGAAAUGAUAUUUAUAGACACUAUUCAUGCUAAAAUGUAUUUAGCUAUUAAUGCUAUGGGACCUGAUAGUUGUGUUGUAGGUAAAUCGAAUUUAUAUCGAAAGAGUGAUAUUGAAGAUGUUGGUGGUUUGGCACAAUUUGGUAAAUAUAUGGCAGAAGAUAAUUUAAUAGCUAGUGCUAUUUGGAGAAAAGGAUUCAAACAUGAAAUGACUUGUGAUUUGGCUUAUCAACCACUUGGUUCAAUGACUAUUUCUGAUUAUUUCUUACGUCGAUCUCGUUGGACUCGUAUUAGAAAAUAUACAGUUACUGCAGCUACUUUAGUCGAACCUUUCAUAGAAUCUAUAUUAUGUGGUCUUUGUGCUUCUUAUGGCUUUAAUCUUUUAUGGCAUAUUCAUCCGUUAAAUUUCUUGGCUUUUCACCUUGUUUUAUGGUUUUGGAUUGAUCUCAAGUUAUUUCAAAUUUUAAGUCAAAAGAAAGUUGAUAUGGAAACUUUAAGAGGUUUCAUUAUGGCUUGGGCUAUACGUGAAAUUACAGCAUUACCUCUUUAUAUUUAUUCAAUGGGUGGAACCACAGUAGAUUGGCGGGAAGGUACUUAUCGAUUAAUGCGAGAUUCUACUGUGGUAAAAAUAUCAUCAUCAAAUCGACAACAUCAAGCCAGUGGCAGCAUUUCAUCAUCACCACCUUCUUCAAAUAAUCAAAGAACACUUUUUUUUCAAUUCAUAGUAUCAAUUCUUACAUCAGUCAUGUUAGUUAUUAAUUUCUUUAUAGACAUAUUAUUCUCUAGUCAACGUAAUGGUAAUCCUAUAGAGACCACUGAAGUUGAAGAUUUAAAGGAUUCAGAAAAAAGAAAAGACUCGUAUAAGUAG